UUUGGCUGCUGCUCAGUUCUACCUCAGUGGUUAAGAAUAAAUGACCCAGAACCGGGAGAGUUGAUUAUCAACAUAGUAAGGGGAGAGUUUCAAAGAGCAAGAAGGGGGAGUGUUAAUCACAUGCAUAAUGGGUGAAAGGAGAUUGGCAGCGUGACUUUCAACCUUCAGCAGUCACCCUGGCGCCCUGUGAUAAAGGACCAAGAAGCAUUUGCUGCUUUCUGGUGAAGACAAGAAUGUAUCUGGUCAUCACCAAGCUGCCUUUGACCCUCCUCAAAGCCAGGCUUCUCAUCAAUGAUUAGAAAACCAUUUAACUUAAAGGGCCAAAUUCUAGAUCAAGAAGUGAAGCUGCCGCAGAGGAUGGAGAAGAGGCAGCGGAUACCCAGUGCGUGAUGCGGGAGCAGAUGUUCAGCCCGAUGGGAGUCCCUGCCCGGGUCCUGCCGGCCUCUGUUCUGGCCUGUUUCAUCCAGCUUCCUGGAGCACGCAGUGAGGAGAAUUGUGUCAAUCCUGAAAACUGCAUGACCACUGACUGGGUACAUCUGUGGUAUAUAUGGUUACUGGUGGUAGUUGGUGUCCUGAUUCUGCUCUGUGGCCUGACUUCAGUGUGCUUCCGCUGCUGUCUGAUUCGUCAGCAAAAUGGGGAAGAUGACGGUCAGCCACCCUACGAAGUGACUGUCAUUGCUUUUGACCAUGACACCCUCCAGAACACUAUCACUUCCCUGCAGUCAGUGUUUGGCUCUGCAGCUCGGAGAAUUCUGGCUGUAUCCCCCUCCCCCAGCUCCCGGGGCCAGCUGCCCUCCUCGUUGGACACCCUCCCAGGCUAUGAGGAAGCUCUUCACAUGAGUCGCUUCACAGUGGCGAGGUGUGGACAGAAAGCACCUGAGUUACCCCCGGUGCCUGAGGAAAGGCAGCUACCUCCGGUGGAGAAGGAAUCCAGAGCAGAGCACCCCUCACUAUGAUGGGGAUUUUGAUUUGUAUGUGGAGACCCAGGUUUCCUCAGAGUCCACAGAAGGUCUGUAGUCCAAGUCUUCAUGCCUGACCACAAAUCUUUUCUGAUAUGCAGUGGUCUCAUCAGGUACUCUAAUUCUUUAAUCAAUGGGCAAAAUUCACUACCAACAAGGCAGGAGAGCAUCAGGUGUCUUGAAUUCCUUCAGUCGUUCAGUGUAUAUAAAAUUCCUUCACCUCGUGAUACUGACGGUUGGUUUUCUCUGUGCCAACUAAGAGACUGUGGCAAGCUUGAGGAACAGGAAAUUGCAAGCACAGCCAUUGUCAUUAAUGCACUGAACCCAGGAACUUCCCUCCUGGAAGAAUAACCAAUUUUACAAUAGAUGAAAUGAUUAUUUUAAAUGUCAUGUAAUACCCAUGUAGUAAUAUAGAAUACAUGGCUGAGAUUGUUGGAGUAGGAUAAACGAAUACAGUCUACUCUGUGUCAGAUAUCGAAUUCUUUCUUUCACUACAGUUCUCCCCGCCAGAAAUGUGAUACUAUUACUUCUUCAGUUCCUCUGCUCUACAAAUACAUAAGCACAUGUUUGCAAGAAUACAUGCGUCCUUUUUAAAUUCUAAAACAAUACACUGCUUAGCUUCUUUCCUCCUUCCUGCUCCUGCCACUUAAAGCCACAGCAUGUCCACAGCAACUCACACCAGUCUCACUGCCACCUUGUGGAGCCACGGUAGAAAAUGCAUUCUGUCCUUUGGACCCAUCUGCCUGUCUUUCUGAUUCUUGAGUACUAAGUGGGCAACUAAGCCUGGCUAAGAUGCUACCCCUGCCACCAUCCUGCUGAACACUGCUGAGCUAGCCACACAACACACUAGCCACUAAAGUACAGUUACUGGAAAACUGAGAAGAGGAAAAAAAUACAUGUCUUCGACAAGUUACUAAAAUCUUUAAAGCAUCGUUUUCUCACCUGUAGAAUAAGGACGAAAGAUACCUCCAAGAUUUGCUGUGAGGAACAAAGAAACUAAGUUAUGACAUAAUUUGUAAAUCACUAUGCACAUGUACUUGCUACCAUUCUUACUGUUGUCACGUAAUAUUCACCUGCCUGCUAUCAUUCUGUUAAGAAUUACAUUCUGGGGGCUGGGGAUUUACGUCAGCAGCACAGAGCCUGCCUGGCAAGCGCAAGGUUGUGAGUUUGAUUCCCAGUACCGGGGGGGGGGGGGGAGAAUUACAUUCUGGUUUGUCAUUUUGCCAGUCUGCUGUGUUAUUGUAAAGUCAUACCUGACAAAGCUUUAAUUUAGUAAUAAACACUUAUUGAGGUAAACAACUAAAAAAAA